GUACAUACACAGAAAAACACACGCACAGACACAUGUACAUACACACAGACACAUGUACACACAGACACAUGUACACAGAUACAUGUACACACACACAUACAUAUAUGUACAUACACACAGACACAUGUACAAAUACACACAUGUACAUACACACAGACACGUACAAUUGUACAUGCAUACACAGACACACAGAAACAUACACACAUGUACACGUACACACACACACCACACACACACCCAUAAAAAGUUGCAGUACUUUGUCGUUCACUCACAGAGCCGGGUACUGCACUCUAGGGGGAGGCAGAGAGCACAGCACACACUCCUUGCUUUGCUUUCACUGCGCUCCGCUAUUGAGCAGUCUGACGGCUCCCAGUGCCAAUGACAGAUCUGGCCAGAGCUCCGAGCCUGCUCAGCGAGAUGGCCCUGGGGGACACAUUCGCCCCCACCAUAAUUUCCACUCACCAUUGCCGAGCAGGCGAGUGGAAAUUUCAAGCCCUGGUUUA